GCGCGGCUGCAAGAUGAUAAUAUCGCUGCAGAGGUCGCCGCCAUGAAUCUGUCGCUUGUUGAUCCCUUCGUGCUCGCCCAGGAUUGCCCUGAGGUUAUCACCGGUCGUCUGCGCAGCGGCCACUCCACUUCUAUCCGCUUCAGCCACCGCGGCGAUUUACUUGCGUCAGGUCGGAGCGAUGGUAUCGUCGUCGUCUUCGACAUUGAAACCAACGGCGUUGCCCGCAAGCUGCGUGGCCAUACCCGCCAAAUCCAGUCGCUGAGCUGGUCCACCAACGACCGCUUUCUCCUCAGCGCUGGUCAGGAUUGGAAGUGUGUGCUCUGGGACCUUAAGGAUGGCUCCCGUGUACGCACCGUUCGCUUCGAGGCUGCCAUCUUCAUCGCCGAGCUGCACCCGCAGAAUCAUAUGAAAUUCGCAGCUGCCUUAUUCGAAGACCAGCCUGUGCUUGUUGACAUGUCCAACGACGUCCCUGUCAAGCAUCUCCUACCCACAAUUCCUCGUCGAUCUCCAAUGGAACGCGAAAACGUUUCUGAGAAGCAAGCUGCCCAGGAUGCAAAGCAGACCACCACGGUUACCCUCUUCACUCCCUCGGGGGAUCACAUCAUCGCCGGGACGAAUAAAGGAUGGUUGAACAUCAUAGACGCUACAACCCACGAAAUAAAAUACUCUUUCCGCGUCGGUAACAACAUUCUUGUGUUGAUUCGUUUGACACAGUCUGGCCGCGAUAUGGUUCUCAACUCCAGUGACCGCAUCGUGCGAACAAUCCCCUUGCCCGACUUUAGCGAUCCGAAGCUCGAUUUCGACGCAUUGCAGCUCGAAGUCGAACACAAGUUUCAGGAUCUGGUGCAACGAUUAUCAUGGAAUCAUGUCACCUUCAGCUCGACCGGUGAAUUUGUCGCCGCAUCGACCUGGAUGAACCAUCACAUUUAUAUCUGGGAGCGCGGACAGGGCAGUCUUGUCAAGAUUUUGGAAGGAACUAGAGAAGAGUUGUCGGUCGUGGAGUGGCAUCCGUUCCGCCCCUUUGUCGCAGCCGUCGGCGUCGACACUGGACGCGUAUGGCUCUGGUCGAUUCUCCAGCCCCAACGCUGGUCCGCCCUAGCACCCGAUUUUAUCGAAGUCGAAGAAAACGUUGAAUACAUUGAGCGCGAGGACGAAUUCGAUAUUCAGCCCCUUGAGGAGAUUCACAAGCGCCGUCUGGACCAGGAGGACGAAGAAGUCGACGUCCUUACCAUUGAGCCCGUCAAAACCACGACGCAGUUCGCGACCGGUGACUUCCGCAUGCCCGUUUUGUUAAACAUUGAGGCUAGUGAUAGCGAGGAUGAGGUUGUAGCUGUGGGUGCGGGGCAAUUUAGGAGGAGAAGUCCCGGGGCGGGAAGGGAGUGGAUGAAUGAUGAGGAUGCCAGGGCUGCUAAUGGAACGCCACCAGUCAACGGAACCAAGAGGCGGAGAUGA